GACCGAAUCAGCAGGAGAAUCUGACUCUGCCCCUUUGCUUGUUGAUUCUGAAGGUGGGCCAUGAGCCGAUGCCCCCCACCAUUGGGACUAACGUGCUGGGGAGGAAGGUCCUCUACCUGCCGAGCUUCUUCACCUACGCCAAGUACAUCGUGCAGGUGGACGGGAAGAUAGGGCUGUUCCGAGGCCUGAGCCCCCGGCUGAUGUCCAACGCCCUCUCCACUGUGACCCGGGGCAGCAUGAAGAAGGUUUUCCCUCCAGACGAGAUCGAGCAGGUUUCCAACAAGGAUGACAUGAAGACUUCUCUGAAGAAGGUGGUGAAGGAGACCUCCUACGAGAUGAUGAUGCAGUGUGUGUCGCGCAUGCUGGCCCACCCCCUGCAUGUCAUCUCAAUGCGCUGCAUGGUCCAGUUUGUGGGACGGGAGGCCAAGUACAGCGGCGUGUUGAGCUCCAUUGGGAAGAUCUUCAAAGAGGAGGGCCUGCUGGGAUUCUUUGUCGGCUUAAUCCCUCACCUCCUGGGCGAUGUCGUUUUCUUGUGGGGCUGUAACCUGCUGGCCCACUUCAUCAAUGCCUACCUGGUGGAUGACAGCGUGAGUGACACCCCAGGGGGGCUGGGGAACGACCAGAAUCCAGGUUCCCAGUUCAGCCAGGCGCUGGCCAUCCGGAGCUACACCAAAUUUGUGAUGGGGAUUGCGGUGAGCAUGCUGACCUACCCCUUCCUGCUGGUCGGUGAUCUCAUGGCCGUGAACAACUGCGGGCUUCAGGCUGGGCUCCCUCCUUACUCCCCAGUGUUCAAAUCCUGGAUCCACUGCUGGAAGUACCUGAGUGUGCAGGGCCAGCUCUUCCGAGGCUCCAGCCUGCUUUUCCGUCGGGUGUCAUCAGGAUCGUGCUUUGCCCUGGAGUAACCUGAAUCACCUAAAAAACAAAACAAACCGUGCUGUCUCAGCCUGGCCACCGCGGGUGAGGCCUGAUCAUCUCGGGGCACCUGUCAGACAACCACCCAGCAUCACCUAGAUGUGCUCUAGCACGCUGGGCUUCAGUUUCCAUGUUUCCCAUGUGUCUCUCCAGAAGCAGGGCCUGGGUGGGGGUGAGGCUGUGUCCAGUGGCCUGGGCAUUGUUGGACCCGGGGAAGGUGGGGUGGGGCUGGGGAGUGGGGGCCCGAUCCACUUACUCUGCAGAUUUCCCCAGUCGGCCUCGUGCAGGGGGCCAGAGACGGGCUUGCGGAGGCCCACGCUGGAUGGGCACAGGCUCCUGAGGUCAGGUGGCACUGCCCACUCACACCCCUCACAUCAGCCCUAGCCGUCAUCCUGCAGCUCAGCUGGGGGCUUCGUGCUCUUGCUCUGUAAAUAGGGGGUGAUCCCCUUUCAGGAGGCUGCCAUCACGUCCAGCUAGGAGGCUGUCUUUGUUUUUCUCAACACUACUUGUCUGAUUAAGGCAGCACCUUCUAAAUGGGAAAUCAUGUGUCUGCUCAGAAUGUGUUCCCCUCCCCAUCAAGUUAAAGGCUUGUCGGUUUAAUGGUGACGCCUCAUGUGCAGGGUAUGGUUAUCUGUGCAGUUGUGAACACCCAGAUGUUAGGCAGAUCAGUGUCUCUAGUCAUAUCCAGUUUAAAGUUCCUAAUAAGAUCUGACCCUUUCUCCCGCAAAUAAAUGCAUCGGUGGUGAUUUGGAA